UUCAGCUUGCCGGCGAACGCAGCGACGGGGUUUCGAAGGAGCUGCUGUUCGGCGACGCUGCUCGGAGCUGGAUGGUUGCCGAGGAGUGACUGUGUGUCCGAAACCCUAGUCUUUUUCCCCCUUUCGCUCCUAUCCGAAACCCUCGCAAGGAAGUCGCAACGGGAGCUUCCGAAGAUUGUAGUGAAGACAAGUUACCGUGAAAUGAAGCAUAUCUUAAAGAUUUUGGGUUUACUUUUGACCAUAUCUGCAGUCUGGAUUGGGCUAUUGCAGGCAUCAAUUGUCCCAAGUAGCUAUGCAUGGCUGCUUCCAGUAUAUUUGAUCGUUUCGUUGGGGUGCUAUGGUCUUCUAAUGGUGGGAGUUGGUUUGAUGUUCUUCCCAACUUGCCCUCAAGAAGCUCAAUUGUUGCAUAAGGAUAUUGCAGAAGCGAAGCAAUUUCUGAAGAAUCAAGGACUUGAUCUCGGAGCCAUUUAGUUUAAAAUAUGGUUUUUUUUUUUCUAAGUGAGGCUAAUUAUUGUGGGAUUAACAAAUUUUGUUUUGUUAAAUUCAGUCUUCAGAACUUAUGAAUUUUGACUCGUGGAAAA